GCGCCAAAAUAAAAAUCUCGUUCAUUCGCAAGCGCGAAGGUAAAAACCAUAGCGACGCGCGCCCCCUGGAUAAAACCCCACUUGAACACAAUCGCUAACUCGACGAAGCGUAUCUUUUACAUCUUCACACAUGUUCAGCGAUUUACUCCCCAUCCUGAGAUACCACAAAAACAUCGGCAGCCACUUUUACAAACAGCAUUCCUGCUCAUCAGCAAUUCUGAACAAGAAUAAAAAUAUCAUCUGCCCGGUUCACUGCAAGCAGUCCUUUGCCAGAAUGAGUGAGAAAAAGGAGCACGUGAUGGAGGGCGAAAAGAAGGUCGCCAGCAACCAGCCGGCCAAGGACAAGAAAAAGGAAGAGGAGGCGGAGGUCGACCCACGGCUGUACUACGAAAACAGGUCCAAGUUAAUCCUGGAGCAAAAGGCCAAGGGCAUCAACCCCUACCCACAUAAAUUUGAGAGGACGAUAACGGUGCCGGAAUUUGUGGAAAAGUACCAACACCUGGCGAGCGGAGAGCACCUGGAAGAUACCCCCCUAAAUGUGACAGGCAGAAUAAUGAGGGUAUCCGCCUCAGGGCAGAAGCUACGCUUUUUCGAUUUGGUUGGAGAUGGAGCCAAAAUACAAGUGCUAGCCAAUUUCGCCUUCCAUGAUCAUACCAAGUCAAAUUUCGCAGAAUCGUAUGACAAGAUCAGGCGAGGAGACAUCGUAGGAAUUGUGGGGUUCCCGGGAAAAAGCAAAAAAGGAGAGUUAAGUAUAUUCCCCAAGGAAACGAUCAUCCUCUCCCCCUGUCUGCACAUGCUGCCAAUGAAGUAUGGGUUAAAGGACACAGAAAUUAGGUGCCGACAGAGGUACCUAGAUUUAAUGAUAAACGAAAACACCAGAAGUACCUUCAUUACGAGGACGAAAAUUAUUAACUACUUAAGAAAUUUCCUCAACGAUAAAGGAUUCAUAGAAGUAGAAACUCCCACCAUGAAUUUAGUAGCAGGGGGGGCAAGUGCCAGGCCAUUUAUCACUCACCAUAAUGACUUAGAUUUGGAUCUCUUCCUCCGUAUCGCCACAGAGUUACCUCUAAAAAUGCUAAUCGUAGGAGGGAUAGACAAGGUGUAUGAAAUAGGAAAGGUCUUCAGAAAUGAAGGAAUAGACAAUACGCAUAACCCAGAAUUUACUUCGUGUGAAUUCUACUGGGCUUAUGCAGACUUUUAUGACCUCAUCAAAUGGUCUGAAGAUUUUUUCUCCAGCUUAGUUAUGCACCUAUUUGGGACUUACAAAAUUUUGUAUAAUAAAGAUGGGCCAGAGAAAGAUCCCGUGGAAAUAGAUUUCACCCCUCCAUACCCUAAGGUGUCAAUUGUGGAGGAGCUCGAAAAAUUAACCAACACAAAAUUGGAACAACCGUAUGACUCCCCAGAAACGAUUAACAAAAUGAUCAACUUGAUUAAAGAAAAUAAAAUCGAAAUGCCAAACCCUCCUACUGCGGCAAAACUGUUAGAUCAGCUGGCUUCCCACUUUAUAGAAAAUAAAUACCCCAAUCAGCCUUUCUUCAUUAUUGAGCACCCACAAAUUAUGAGCCCCUUAGCCAAGUACCAUAGAUCCAAGCCGGGGCUAACUGAACGAUUGGAAAUGUUCAUCUGUGGGAAGGAAGUCCUAAAUGCAUAUACAGAAUUGAAUGACCCUUUUAAACAGAAGGAGUGCUUCUCGGCGCAACAGAAGGAUAGGGAAAAGGGAGAUGCAGAGGCCUUCCAGUUUGAUGCUUCCUUUUGUACUUCCCUCGAAUAUGGACUGCCCCCCACCGGUGGCCUUGGCCUCGGCAUCGACCGAAUCGCCAUGUUCCUAACCAACAAGAAUUGUAUUAAGGAUGUCAUCCUCUUCCCGACCAUGCGCCCCGCGAGUUAA